AAUUUGUGUUCCGGCCUCCACGUUUGCUUAUCAAAGAAGAAGUGAGGAAGUGAGGAGGCUGGAACUGUCAUGGGCAGGCGGAAAAAAUCAGAAUAUGGCCGAGCGUACAACAGACUGCAAUGGAACGAGGCGCUGCAUCAACAAUACGCACAGAUUAGUCAGUAUCGCCUAUAUAGAAAGGCACGAGAAUUCCGCCACGAGCCGUUUGUGUGGGAUGACUCUCCAGACGACGACAGCUCUUCACUAUCAUCUGACUGCGUGGGCGUGCCUCAAGUUGAGACGGUUGUUGUUCACGACCGUCAAGAUGCACAAAACAGCAAAACGGAAAUUGAAAAAAAUUCAGAAUGCCCAUCAGACAGUGGGCAAGAGCAAAGCAAAUACAGUAGACGACUAACGGAAGCAAGAAGUAACAGAAGAGUGAGGAAGAGAUCCAAACGUUCAGGUGGAGAUGGAGAUGGAGAUGUCCGCGAACAACCAAAGACAAGAGACAGAAAACCACCCUUUCAUCCAUACGGUUGGGCCAAUAAUGCAGUUGGCAGUGCAACCAACAGAAAGACUUACAAUGUGAACGCGUCAGAAGAAGAGGUAUUUCCUUCAGCUCUCAGAGCACUCAAGAGGCGGCAAGCCGACGAACACAUACGUGAAGAACUUCGACAACGAAGAUCUCUAGAAAUUAAACGAUUACAAGGUGCCUUCAAUCUGGGAGACAUAAGAAGAGAAAAGGAAGACGACGUUUGGUUGACCGAGUACCAAAGAAGUUAUAGCGGAACACCCAAACCAAGAUAUGUCACUUUAGUCUCUUAGUGGGCAGCUUGCAAAUGUGAGCUUUCACCAGCGGGAAGUAUACUACGUACACGGUAGUUUUAUGCUUUUGAAUUGUACAGGACGAUGGAUUCGGUUCUUAGAAAGUGAAACUUUUAAAUCGACUAUAUUCACAAUUAUUCAGCUAUGAAACAAGCGUAGUACAUGUAGUGAAUAUAUGUUGCCGGUUGGGCAAUCCUCCGA